CGGGAAGAGAGGGGCUGGGGAAGGUUUGGGGUUAGAGGUUGGCUUCACACAAAGGAGCGAGCGGCUGGAAGACGGUACGACGCCAGAGCCAAUCAUCGCGGCGGCCCGGCGAUAAAAGGGCUCGCGAAGGCGGCCGUGGGAGCUCGCAGGAAACGGCUCUCGCUCCCACAGCCCCGGCCUCCGCGGCGGGGAGAAGGGGAGCGAGAAGACCCCGCCAUCGGGGCCGUCUGGAAGCACCCACCGCCCGCCAGAGCCACCCACCCUCCCGGGGUGAAACCCUCCGGUUCGGCAUCGCCGUGAGGAGCCCAGGCAUAUGGUGAGCCAUCGCUGGUGGAGAACAACGGGGCUGAGAGGCGGUGUUGCAAGAGGUCUGUCUUAGACACCUCCCCAGGGAACAUCAGCCCACAAACUUCAAGCUCAGGAUUAAAUAGACGGAGGAGGGGAAGGAACCAUGUUCCAGGCCACGGGACCCGCCAGCCCACCCCCAGCUCACGAGGCAACGAACAACUCAGGAGGCAGCACGGUGCAGCGCUCCAAGUCCUUCAGCCUGAAGGCGCAAGUGAAGGAGAUGUGCACUGCCUGCCAGAAAACCGUCUAUCCCAUGGAGCGGCUGGUGGCGGAUAAAUUUGUCUUCCACAACGCCUGCUUCUGCUGCAAGCACUGCCACACCAAGCUCAGCCUGGGCAGCUACGCGGCGCUCCAUGGGGAAUUCUACUGCAAGCCCCACUUCCAGCAGCUCUUCAAGAGUAAAGGCAACUACGACGAGGGCUUUGGGCGCAAGCAGCACAAGGAGCUGUGGGUGCACAAGGAGGUGGAGAGCGGGACCAAGUCGGCGUGAGCGGGGCCAGCCCCCCUCUUCCCUGGAGCCCAGCAGAGACGGCACAGAGCAGCGCUGAGCCGGGGGCUAACUGAGCUGAUGUAAAGCAAAGGGGACCCAAGGGGCUGUGGGUAAGGGAAGGGAGGCAGCCCAGCCCUCUUUGGAGGAUGCUUGGGGGGGCCCAGGGCGGGCAGAGGAGACCAGGGUAGACCCCCCAGACCUGGAGCUCUCUCCCCACAGGCCCCUCUCCCCCACGAGAUCAGACCAGCAGCAUUUGCCCCCACGUGAACCCCAGCCCUGUUCACCUGUUCCAGGCUUCCCACCAUGGAAAAGGAGAUGAUCCGGGGGCUUUUCCUAGCCUGUAAGUCACAGCAGAGCUCCCAGCGCCUGCCACACCAAUCCUGCCUUGCUGGGGCUCUGAGUAAGGAGGGUCCUUGGUUUACAUCAGCUCAGUUCAGCUGGGAUUGUUCAGCCUUAAGGAUGCUGCCCUGCGACUGUUUAACAGUGUCUUGUCUUUUUUAUAUUUGCCUUCGAUUGGUACGUUCUGCGCUGGAGCCCGGCACGGCAGCUUCACGCGUGACACUGCGCCAUGCGCUCUUUUAUUUUUGUAAUACAAGGUUUCCCAGCCUUC